GGGAUUGGGUGUUAUCUAAAAUCCUGCCCUAGGCUCUUCCUGGGCGCUUCUUUGACUCCACGAGGGUUGGACAGUACAACCGCCCGCCCUGCAACUAACUAAAAUGAUUGGUCAAUAUUUCUGUUAAGCUAAUUGAACCCCUGACGAUACGAAAUCGCGCGGAAGUGGUCAACUUGGCACUGGCCAGUGUUUGUAUGAAGUAGCCUAGUUCAUAUUAUUUCCAUAGCCUACAUCUUUUUCCGAACCAGAAGUAAUGGAACGCUGGGAUGGAAGAGUUGCUCUUGUGACAGGCGCCUCGGUCGGGAUUGGAGCCGCUGUUGCACGGGCGCUCGUUCAGAAAGGCAUGAAAGUAGUAGGAUGUGCCAGAAGUGUCGAUAAAGUAGAGAAGCUGGCGGCGGAGUGCCAGAGCGCGGGCUACCGCGGGACCCUCUUCCCCUACAAGUGUGACCUGUCCAACGAGGAGGAGAUCCUCUCCAUGUUCUCGGCCAUCCGGAUUCUGCACACGGGCGUGGAUGUGUGCAUCAACAAUGCCGGACUGGCCCACUGCGAGCCGCUGCUCUGCGGGAGGACAGACGCCUGGAGGAACAUGAUCGAUGUGAAUGUACUAGCCCUGUCCAUCUGCACACGAGAGGCCUUCAAGUCGAUGCAGGAAAGACAUAUCGAUGAUGGACAUAUUAUCAACAUUAACAGUAUGGGCGGCCACCGGAUGUUUCCCAGUGCAGACGAGCACUUCUACUGCGCCACCAAGUACGCAGUGACUGCCCUGACAGAGGGCCUGCGGCAGGAGCUACAGGAGGCCAAGACCCACAUCCGCGCCACAUGUAUAUCUCCGGGUAUAGUGGAGACUGAGUUUGCUUUCCGGCACCACAAUACCGACCCAGAGAGGGCUGCAGCUGCAUAUGAAAGUAUAAAGUGUUUGAAAGCCAAGGACAUAGCCAGCACCGUCAUGUAUGUUCUUAGUGCUCCUCCACAUGUCCAGAUAGGAGAUAUACAGAUGUGGCCACUGGAACAGGUGCUAUAGCAACAGGAUUGGUCCAUAUAGCCUAACUGGCUGAGCAGAUGAAGAGAGCAGUGUUGGCAGCGCGUCAGCAGCUAACUAGCGCCACCUUUAGGUGACCGUGUGCAAAACCUAGUUCAAAGCCAGACGGAUAUGUCAAGACUUUGCUUUCGUUUUUUGAAGGGAUACCAUGCCCCUGGCUGGCAGGAGGGGUAAUUUGCUGUUGGGAAAAUUACCUCAGCGUCUGCAAUGUCCAAGGUGUGUGGUUGGUUGUCUCUGUCAAGAAAAGAAUUGUAAAAAGGUCAGCUGUAUGACCAGUUUUUACAUAGUUUUUAGGUCAUAUCAUAAUAUGUUUCGUUGAAAGACAGAAAGGGGAGAAACUAAAGCACAAUACUGACUAUUGUUGUAGCUUAAUCUAGUCUUUGUUGAAAGACAUUUAUGUACAUUGAAGUUAACACAAUCGAUUGUUCAGUUUGACUACUGCUCAAUGGCAUUUUUGACUGAAACUUAUUAUAUUAGUUAUUUUAUGUCUGUUAUCUUCUGUCACCCUGAUAUCACUCUUGGGGAGGAUGAGCCUCUUAAACCUUUACCCUAUUCUUUAGAGAUGUCUGAUUGAAAGCUGCAAUUCCACUAAUUAGGGUACAAAAUCAAUUAUUUUUUAAUAAAACAUUUCAAUUCUGACAGAUGUACACCACGCAUGUAUUCAAAUUCUGCUAGAAAAGUUCUGUCACCAAUUACUGGAAGAACUCAAAGAAUGGAAGAAAACCUACUACAAAUUCGCCAAAACUUAUUCCAUCUACUGUACAUGGACCGGUAAAAAGGUGGUAGGAAUACUAAUGUCUGAAGGGAAAUCGUAAUAGCUGUGGGUGGUUUGAUAGUCUCCAGAAUGUCCUCGAUUAAAUCAACAUCACUAUGCAACUUUUGAAGUAGGCUACUUAGGAAACGCACCAAGGGACACCAUAUCCACUGAUGGGCAGAGUGUCAUGUGCAAUGGAGGGUUGACCAUCUGUUUUCAACAUCUUAAAUUCCUCACUGGACAUUUGUGCUAAUCUAAUUUUGAUACCAGUUAUGACCGACAGUCUAUGGCUAUGAUGGCCUGUAUUUCAGUGUUAUGAAGGGCAUGUUUUGUUGAAUGUCUCCAUGUCUCAAGAUUGACACUUCUCAAACUGAAUAAGGUUGUAUGUUCUGAAUUUGUGCUCAUUGUUCUGUGCCUAACAAUGAAGUGUUGUACAGCAGGAACCUGAAAAUGAAAACUACAACCUUACUGUAUAUGCCUGAAAUCCUUCCUAGAAAGGAAGAUUACUGAACUGUUUGUGAUGAUAAAGCAUGUUUUGUCUUUACACAAAGUCUCUCAAAAAUUAAAAUGAGAAGAUACAAAAUGUU